AUGAUUCACACCAACUUGAAGAAAAAAUUCAGCUACUUCAUCCUGGCCUUUCUCCUGUUUGCACUCAUCUGUGUGUGGAAGAAAGGGAGCUAUGAGGCUCUUAAAUUGCAAGCCAAGGAAUUUCAGGUGACCAGGAGCCUGGAGAAGCUGGCCAUGCGGUCUGGUUCCCAGUCCAUGUCUUCAAGCAGCAAACAAGACCCUAAGCAGGACAGUCAAGUUCUCAGUCAUGCCAGGGUCACAGCCAAGGUCAAACCACAGCCCUCCUACCAGGUGUGGGACAAGAACUCCUCAUCCAAAAACCUCAACCCCAGGCUGCAAAAGAUCCUGAAAAACUAUCUGAACAUGAACAAAUAUAAAGUGUCCUACAAGGGGCCAGGGCCAGGAGUCAAGUUCAGUGCUGAGGCCCUGCGCUGCCGCCUUCGAGACCGUGUGAACGUAUCCAUGAUAGAGGCCACAGAUUUUCCCUUCAACACUACUGAAUGGGCGGGUUACCUGCCUAAGGAGAACAUUAGGACCAAGGCUGGGCCAUGGCACAGGUGUGCCGUCGUCUCCUCCGCAGGAUCUCUGAAAUCCUCUCAGCUGGGCAGAGAGAUUGAUAAUCAUGAUGCAGUCCUGAGGUUUAAUGGGGCACCAGUAGCCAACUUCCAACAGGAUGUGGGCACGAAAACAACCAUUCGCCUGAUGAAUUCUCAGUUAAUCACCACAGAAAAGCAGUUCCUUAAGGACAGCUUAUACAGUGAAGGAAUCCUAAUUGUGUGGGACCCAUCCUUGUACCAUGCAGAUAUCCCAAGCUGGUACCAGAAGCCAGACUACAAUUUCUUCGAAACGUAUAAGAGUUAUCGCAAGCUGUAUCCCGACCAGCCCUUUUAUAUCCUCAGGCCGCAGAUGCCAUGGGAACUGUGGGACAUCAUUCAGGAAAUUGCUCCAGACAGGAUUCAGCCAAAUCCCCCAUCCUCUGGCAUGCUGGGUAUCAUGAUCAUGAUGACACUGUGUGACCAGGUAGAUAUUUAUGAGUUCCUCCCGUCCAGGCGCAAGACUGACGUGUGCUAUUACCACCAGAAGUUCUUCGACAGUGCCUGCACGAUGGGUGCAUACCACCCGCUGCUCUUCGAGAAGAAUAUGGUGAAGCAACUCAACGAGGGCACAGAUGAAGACAUUUACAUUUUUGGGAAAGCCACGCUGUCCGGCUUCCGGAGCAUUCACUGCU